AUGUCGUCGUCGCCGUCGUUGUGGGGAGUUAGCGUGACCUUAUGUACUGAUGUCAACCGUUCAGGCCAGCAGCGCUCUCUGUCUCCUCCACCAAGCGCACCCGCUUCCGUGUGGCCUCCGGCUCUGCGCCGGCGGAAUGCACGCAUGCAGGCCGUCGACCGACCCGCACCAGCGCGCUACCUGCCAAGUGCUCCGGUUGGCUACAGAUGGUCAAGGCAAUCAGGAGAGUUGUCCUUGGGUGAAGUUGAAGACAAGCCCAAUCUGGCGACGCUGUUCCGCCAAUCAAUGCUGGCCGACGACCAUUCCCUACCCGCCACGGCGGUACUGCUGUCGGCGGGUGCAACUGCCCUGUUUGCCUACGUGCUCUACGCAGUGACCUACAACGUCUACUUCCAUCCGCUGGCCAAGUUUCCGGGACCGCCCCUCGCCGGCGCUACGACGUACUGGAAAGCCUACAUUGAGUGUAUUGCAAACCGGUCCUUUUGCCACUUCCUUGUUGAGCUGCAUGCGCAGUACGGCGAUGUUGUUCGUAUUGGCCCCAACGAGCUCCACUUUGCCAACCCAAAAGCCUACCACGACAUCUACAACACCAAGAAUCGCUGGGACAAGGAAGCGACACUCUAUCAAAGUUUCAACGAGGACAGAUCCAGUUUCGGUUUUCUCACGUAUGCAGAGGCUAAGAACCGGAAAGAUGUGCUUAACAAAUCCUUCUCGCUGGCCGCUAUCGAGAGCUCAGAGGGGCUAUUGGUGAACAAGGUCAAAGAGCUCUGUGCAGCCAUUGAGAAGAGGAGCAAAGAUGCCAAAAGUGUUGAUUUGUUCUACGCAUUUCGCUGCAUGAGCGUCGACGUUAUAACGACAUUCUGCUUCGGCAAAUCCAUCCAUGCAGUCGACGAGCCAGACUUCAAGGCACCCAUUGUCGUGGCCCUCGAGGCGGCCACACCCGUGGGUAUGUACUUCAAGUACUCGGAUCUGUUCAAAAACUUCAUCUUGAAGUGCCCACCCAACCUCUCCAAGAAGCUUAGCCCUUUGACAGCGGGCAUGAUCGAUCUUAACCAGUUACUCUCCGCGCAGAUCAAUGAACUCACCGAUGACCCGGAAAAGCUCAAACUUCUUCCUCACAACAUGACCAUCUACCAUCGGUUGAUGGAUCCCGAGGCCCAUCGUGACAAGAAAAUCCCUUCUGCUGGUAGUCUGUAUGAAGAAGCCCAGGCGCUCAUGUUCGGUGGCACAGAUACUGUCGGAAACACCCUCAUGGUAGGAGCUUUCCAUCUGCUCAAGCAUCCUGAGAAGAUGCAGAAGCUCAAGGCCGAACUGUCAGGCGCAUGGCCAUUGCUCAACGAGAACGAGCCCAAUGUACGCGAUUUGGAAAAGCUGCCGUAUUUGAGUGCUGUCAUCAAGGAGUCGCUUAGGAUGAGUUCGGGCGUCACGUCUGGGCUUUUAAGAAUCGUGCCGAAAACUGGCGCAACCAUUGCGGGACAUGAGGUGCCGCCGCAGACCAUUGUAUCGUGCGGUAGUACUUUCGUCCACUUCAACGCCGACAUCUUCCCCAAGCCCGACGAGUUCAUGCCAGAGCGCUGGCUCGACGAGUCGGCAGAGUUGGACAAGUGGCUUGUCGCUUUUUCGCGUGGCCCCCGCAUGUGCUUGGGAAUCAACCUCGCUUGGGCGGAGCUGCGUCUCGGCUUUGGUCACGUCUUCCGCAAAUUCGACCUGGAGCCAAAGGGCCAACUACCUGAGAAGCUGGUCUGGCGGGAUGUGUUCUUGCCGCACUACCAUGAGGACCAUUUACAGGCGAAUAUGCGAUCUGUAAGCGCAUACAUGCCCGCCACCGGGGGCAGCAGGGCCGUCCACGCACCGGCCUCGAAGCCCACACCAAAGACGACUGACAAGGGCAGCAUGCGUAGAGAGAGCAGUGCGACCGCCACGACGCAGCGGCCCGGCAUCAAGACGCGCGCAUACUCGGCUCCCAACGUCCCCAAGAGCGACGGCCAGCCCGCCAGCGAGCUCGACCGCACAGACGAGGACAAUGAGGGCGAGGAGAUAGCCGACGAUGCCUUCUUCCAGCGAUACCACUUCCCCCAGCCCAUCCUCUCCACCCAGGAAGAGGAGGGCAGCAGUGCCGAGUCGUCGUCAGACACCGAGGGGCCGCUGUCGCCCACUCACCACAAGGACCGCCAGCCAUCGCAAGACGCGGCGUCGGAGCCUUCCAACAGCGACUCGGCAGCUGCCAUCGUGCAGGACCUCAACAUCGCCGUCAUCGGCGCGCGGGGCUCAGGCAAGUCGACCUUCAUCCGCCGCGCCCUCGGCCUGCCAGAAGCCACCACGACGGCCAAUUGCUCGCGGCGCAUGACAAUCGACGGCACCCCCUACAUGGUGCGCUUCCUCGAAAUGGCCUUUAGCGACGUGCACGUGGGCGACCGCAGCAUCAUCAAAUGGCCCGAGACGGUGCACGACUUUGCGACACCACGCAUGCACGCCGCCGUCACCCUCUACGACGUCACAAACCACGAGAGCCUGGGCAAGGUUCCCGAAAUGCUGAGCACACUGUCCAAGGCACAAUUACCCUUUAUCCUCGUAGCCUGCAAGUGCGAUCAACACCCCGCCCACCGCGAGGUCGAUCCGGCCGUUGUGGAGCAGAAAGCAAAGUCCUUCAUUGGAGACGUGAGCGUGUUUCAGACGUCCGAGUCGUCACCGGAGACGCACCGAGGAUGCCUGUCCGUCAUCACUCGUGCAGCGAUAGCGGCCAAGCGACCCAGGUCCCAAGCGUCCAUGGCGCGGCGGCGGGCCAACUCUUCCGCGGUAAAAUCAAUCACCCAAAAGGACCUUUGGAGCCGCAAGCACGAGCGUGCUAGCUCGGAGAUCUCCAUGAGGUUUCAACGGGGCUCAAGCGAGGUCAAGGGCCACCGUUAUAAGCCCAGCGAUGCCAACAAAACUUUUUUCAACGCCGAAGAGUCGCCCGGCUAUGAUUCCCAGGAAUCCGAUGACCAGGACUCGGACGCCGGCCAAAGCAUCAUGUCGGUGAAGCCGUCGGAUGAAAAUGGCUACACUUUUGAACAGCUCGUCGACCGACUUCUCGCCCAACCCAUGUCCAAGAAUGACUCCAAAUUCGUCUCGGUGUUUCUGGCCUUGUAUCGGAGGUUCGCCACGCCGGGGCAGCUGUUGGAGGCCAUUAUCAAACGCUUCGAAAUCCAGAACAAGGAAAAAGAACUGCCCAUGAUCCGCAUCAUUGCACAGCUCCGCUACCUGUCUAUUUUGCAACAAUGGGUCGCCUACUACCCCGGUGACUUUGCCUACCCAACGACGCGUCGACUAAUCCGGAGGUUCGCAUCCUCGCUAGCGUUGAACCGCGAGUUCUCCGUCGCUGCAACUGAAAUUCUGCGCGAUCUUGAAAUGGUCGCUGAAGACGACGACACCGACUGGGCAUGCAGCGACCGCCAACGCCACCAGAACGAAAAUAUCCCGACAUUCCACAACAAUGUCCUCGAUGAGGACUCUGAUGAGGACGAGUUUUCAAAAGCGCUAGGACACAUGUCGAUGAGCAGUUCCACGCGAAACUCGGUGGCUCGGAGCAGCGUGACAGGCGGCGCAUCGUCUAUCAACGGCUCCAUGGGCUCAUCGCAAAUCCUCCUCACACAGGUCGAAAAGAACGAACGACUGGCCCGACAACUAGAACCUAACCCCAUCAAACCUCUCUCCAAGAUUCAGUGGCAUCAGCUCAUGGGCGAAUCGGACGAAGCCAUCGCAAAGGAACUUACCCGGAUAGACUGGAUCAUGUUCUCCUCGGUACGGCCACGAGACCUCGUACGCCACGUCAGUCUAAACGCCGAAGAGAAACAACGAUGCAAGAACCUCGAAAAUGUCACACGCAUGACCGAGCACUUCAACCACGUUGCCUACCUCGUCACCAAUUACAUACUGCUGCGCGACAAGCCAAAGCACAGAGCUCUCAUGAUGGAGAAGUGGAUGAAGAUUGCACGACAGCUUCGAAAGCUGAACAACUACAACAUGCUGGGUGCCGUCAUGGCUGGCAUCAACGGCACAGCAAUUGGGAGGUUAGUCGCAACCCGCGAACUAGUGCCCCAGGCUACCAAUCAAGAUUUCUGGAAACUCGACAUCCUUAUGGGCCAAACGAAAUCGCAUUCUGCGUACCGUCUCGCCUGGGAGAAUAGUUCUGGCGAGCGCAUACCAUAUAUACCUCUUCACCGCCGCGAUCUCGUCUCCGCAUCUGAAGGCAAUUCCACCUUUGUCGGCGACAAGAAGAAGACGGAUUCGGCGUUGGCCCCGCACCCUGGCGUCAGCGUCUUUGAAGGUGUUGUGGGGAAACGCGAUAGUAGAGAGCCGCCUCCAAGUGGUGUUGUGGGUAAAGAGCGGAUCAACUGGCGCAAGUUUGAAAUUAUGGGUGAAGUUAUUGUCGGAGUACAAAGGGCGCAAGGGACGCCGUAUCCCAACUGGCAAAGAUGCGAAGAGGUGAGGAAUCUGAUAUUGGAUAUCAAAAUUAACAAGGAUGAUGAGGAACUCUACGAGCGCAGUACUCAUCUUGAAGCCGGCCGGGCUGAUGAGAAGAGUAGGAUUGCAAGAUGGUUCCGAGAGCGUUAG